AUGAAGCAAGACGAUAGGCCUCGGACAACGUCAUGCAAUCCGAUUGACAACCGGCGCUACCUUGAUUCCGGGUCAAGUAGUGGUAAAUCAGCUACCGGCCGCAAGAAUAUCAAAGGCCAGGAUUCUUGCGGACAUAAGGAAGCUACUGGCCUUACAAACAACAAACUAUAUAUACAAAUGAGGAAUACCCUGAGCGUGGCUACGUGGAAUGUACAAGGACUUAAAACUCAUACCGGGAAACUAGCAAUUAUAGAAAAGGAACUGUCCAGAUAUAAAAUCGAUAUUGCAGGAUUAUCGGAGACACAUUGGAUAGGUCAAGGAUUCUUCAAAACUAGUCUUAAUAACUAUGUCUACUUUUCAAGCGCCGAUCAACAAAAUUAUACUGGUGUUGCAGUCAUUGUAUCCGAAAAAUUACAGAAAUAUGUUUUGGACUUUAAAGCUAUAAGCGACAGAAUCAUGGCCUUAAAAUUAAACGCCAGGCCAAACCCAAUAAAUAUUGUUCAGGUGUAUGCUCCGACUGCUGCUUCGAGCGAUGUCGACAUCGACCAUUUCUACCAUGACGUAAGAAGUUCUCUCCAAAACAUUCUGAACAAAGAGCUAACCAUAGUAACCGGCGACUUCAAUGCUAAAAUUGGAGAUACAACUGAUAACGAACAUAUUAAAACUAUUGUUGGCAAAUAUGGUAUCGGUGUAAGAAAUGAACGGGGUGAACGCUUACUUGACUUUGCAAUCGAAAACAAUCUAACUAUAAUGAACACAACAUUUCAAUAUCAUAUCCGAAGGCUCUACACAUGGAAUAGUCCAGGGGCGCUAUUCUGUACAAUCGUCGGAAUCGAGAUCAAACACAAUUGCACCAUCGACAAGAACAACUACUAUGAAAAAAUAUGCCAGGAAAUAGAAUUUCACGCUUUCACAAAUCAACCAGGGGACCUAUUUAAAAAGAUAAAAUACCUCACAAGAGAAUUCAAGCCAAAAACAUGGGCAAUAGAAGACGAUCGAGGACAACUUAAAACCGAAAUUAACGAAAUAGUGGAACGAUGGCGAACAUACUGCGGAACACUGUAUAAAGAAAAAGAUCCUCAGCCUAGUUCCUCUUUCCACAGUGAUAUAAUUAAUGAAGAACCAGACAUACUGAGAUCGGAAAUUGAAGCAGCAAUAAAAAACCUAAAACAUCAUAAAGCCCCGGGACCAGAUUACAUCACGGCCGAAAUGCUCCAAGCGUCGGGAGAUUUUGGUGUGGACAUCUUGCACAAGUUAUGUAAUAUGAUAUGGCAUACUCACCACUGGCCAUCAGAUUGGACCGAUUGUUCCAUAAUAACCAUCCACAAAAAGGGAUCUCCAGCCAAAUGCGACAACUUUCGUACCAUUGCGCUAAUUUCACAUGCCAGUAAGAUUCUUCUUCAUAUCAUUAACGAAAGGUUAAAACCGUAUAUUCAACCAUAA